UGAUUCUUCUUCCUCGUCUUAGUUGACCCUCAGCACUCCACCUCUAUACUUCAAUAUUCUUUUUAAUUUUUUAAUUUCGAAAGAAAAAGAUACAAUCAUGUUUGCUCCGACCUCUAUCAGAAGCCACUUUGUGCUGCCAGUGACUCAAAUCACACUCAUGCUUAGCAAGCAUACAGAAGCACCCUUCUCUUUUUCUGGGCAAGCAAUCUGAAUCUGAGCUACUAGCUAUAUAUAUUUACACAAGUUAUUUGUUUCAACAGUAGAAAGCUUUGUACUUUCAUCUGCGGUAUUGAUUCAGAAUAGGGUCUUUUGUUAGUUUAGAGAAGUGGGCUUGUCCUUAAAUCAUGGAGAAGCGUUUAGCUUUUUUGGUUGGGGUUUUGCUCUUGCAGCUUGUGAUUCAUUGCUCUGGUGCUGAUUUGAAGGGAGAAGAAGGUGCAAAAACUGUAGUGGAUCCGAAAGUUCCAUUGACAUCCAAUGGUUCAAAGAGCUCGGAUGAUAAGAAGGUUGUCAAGAAUUUAGUUUCAGAUGAUAAUGAAGUUCAAGAAGUGAAGAAAGAUAAAGAUCAGGAUAGUGGAUUGAAGGAUGGUGUUAGGAAUAGCAAGGAGAAGAGCGGUUCAGAUGGGGAACUUGGGUCGACAGAAUCUCAUAGUGUGCCAAAGGAUGAGAAAGGAUCGAAUUAUGCGAAGAGUGGGAAGCCGGGGGAGGAAUCAAAGGCAAAGCCUAAGGAGAAGGUGGGAAAUGCCGGAAAUGUGAACCCUGUGAGAGAGGAUGGUACUCCCCGUGAGGGAUGUGGUUCAGCUAAUAUGUGCACUGUUGAAGAGAACAUGCUGGUUGCGUGUUUGAGAGUUCCUGGAGAUGAUGAUUCUCCUCACCUUUCACUUUUAAUUCAGAACAAGGGUAAAGACCCUCUCGUGGUUACCAUUUCAGCUCCUGAAUUUGUGCUGCUAGAGAAAUCAAAAGUUCAGCUAAAAGAGAAAGCCAAUGCGAAGGUGGAUGUUUCUGUUGGAAAUGGAGGAGGUGCCAGUAUACUUGUUCUAAAAGCGGAAAAUGGCAAUUGCAGCCUUGACUUCAAGGACCUGAUCCAUCACGGUUCCAGGAAGGAGCCAGAUAAUUCUUCAAGCACUGCCUACUUUUACAUCUGGACACACAGACCUGCCAUUGGGAUUCUAUUGAUUGCCUCGCUAAUGAUUUUAAUAUUCGCUGGGAUGUACAUCAGAUUUAUGAAGAGGCGGGUUUCCAGCGGUGGCUUCAAAUACCAGAAGCUAGAUGAUGCGCACCUCCCAGUUUUGAGCAGCGAAAAGCCAGAAUCGCACAUUAAUGACGGAUGGGAUGACACUUGGGAUGAUAACUGGGAUGAUGAGGAGGCCCCCCAUACACCCUCUAUGCCAGUUACUCCUAGCCUCUCUGGCAAAGGCCUUGCCUCACGAAGGUUGAACAAGGAAGGGUGGAAAGAUUAGUUGGUUAGGUUGGCUGGACUUGCACAGUUGAAAAGGGGGAAAAGAGUGAGAUGAUAGAUGUAUGUUUUGUUUAUUCAAUACUGUAUUAUCACUGACUUAACAUCAUAACAUUUCAGAUUUUGUUUAACCAGCUAAUAUAGUAAAGCUGAAAGAUCUUCUUCCAUGU